AUGGACACAGACCUUCUUGUUCAACUAUGGUUUCCAGUAAUUAGACAAGAGAUUUUAGGGUUCUUUGAGGCGACCUCAACCCAGCAGCUCGUAUCGGGAGAAGGUAUUGCUGGUAAAGCGUUGGGUACAAACCAGCAGCUCGCAGAUAUGUCCAACAAUGUUGUUGGGCUAUCGACUAUUGACUCAACAAUGGUCUACUUUACAACACAAAGCUUAUGGAUUUUCAAAUGUCACAGAGAAAAUGAGACACCUUCUCAUUAUGGGACUGUUCUGAAUGUCCAUCAACAACAGAUGUCACAGGGUGAUGGUUAUGGGAGUAGCACCACUGAUUCUUCUCGAACCGGAAACUUUUAUGUUCCCACAACCUCAAAUACAUCAAUGAUGAAUAAUCAAAGUUCCUCUCAAAGUUCCUGCAUCAGUUUUCAUAUAAACUGUGCCAAGUACCGUGAAGCAUAUUCCACCAGAAUUGUGGCGAGUGUGUGA